ACGUGCUAGUGUAGGGGGCUUUUAGUUUGGUAAUGAUCCGGAAGUGAUCGUGAACACAUGUCCGUUCAUGUAUUUAGAGUUUCUCACGUGUUGAACGAUGCUUAGUUUUGAUGCUUAAUUGUUUGUUUAUAACUUAACAUCUCAGAAAACAUGAAGUUUGCAUACAAGUUUUCCAACUUAUUAGGGGCAUUUUAUCGCCACGGGAACCUGUCUUUCUCUAAAGAUGGGAAUUCUGUCAUCAGUCCUGUCGGGAACCGCAUCUCCGUCUUUGAUCUGAAAAAUAACAGAUCAGAAACCUUACCAGUGUCCACCACAAAGAACAUCACCUGUUUAGGAGUCUCUCCAGAUGGGAAUCUUGCCAUACUUAUAGAUGAAGAUGGAGCAGCCAUACUGGUCAGCUUGGUCACUCGGGCAGUACUUCACCAUCAUCACUUCCAUAGUCCUGUUCAUAGUGUGUCCUUCUCCCCUGAUGGAAGGAAAUUUGUAAUAACAAAGGAAAAUGUGGCUCUAAUGUAUCACGCGCCUGGAAGAAACCGAGAGUUUAAUGCAUUUGCAUUAGACAAGAGUUAUUAUGGACCAUUUGAUGAGACAACUUGUAUCGACUGGACAGAUGAUUCCAAGUGCUUUGCUGUUGGUAGCAAGGACAUGACCACUUGGAUCUUUGGAGCAGAGAGAUGGGCGAAUCUCAUCUACUACUCGCUUGGUGGUCAUAAGGACAUCAUAGUAGGCUGUUUCUUUGAGAAGGACAGCUUGGAUAUGUACACAGUGAGCCAGGAGGGCACUUUGUGUAUAUGGGAAAGUGACACUGAGCUCGAGGGCUUACAGAAGGGUCCAAAAUACUCUGAGAGAAAGAAGAUGCAGGAGGAGAAAAAAAGAAGGGAUGAAGUAGGGGAGGAAAAUGAAGAUGCUGAUAUUGUGGAAAUUGUAGGCGAGAAUGGAGAGACCACAGGAGAUGUGAUUAAAGGAAGCACCGAUACACCCAAAGAAGUGGAAGGCAUCAAAAACGUUCGCUAUUCACAGAGGAGCAAACACUAUUUUAACAAGGAAGGUGAUUUCAACAAGUUGACAGCGGCUGCCUUCCACAAGAAAACGCACAUCCUUGUGACAGGCUUCGCAUCUGGAGCUUUCCACCUGCAUGAACUGCCAGAAUUUGACCUCAUUCACUCACUCAGUAUUUCAGAUCAGAGGAUUUCUACCAUUUCUAUGAAUCCCACUGGUGACUGGAUUGGCUUUGGCUGUUCAGGUCUGGGCCAGCUGCUGGUUUGGGAAUGGCAGAGCGAGUCCUAUGUGUUCAAACAGCAAGGACACUUCAACAACAUGAACUCUUUGGCUUAUUCACCUGAUGGUCAAUAUCUUGCUACCGGAGGGGAUGAUGGGAAGGUAAAAGUGUGGAACACCAACAGUGGCCUCUGUUUUGUGACGUUUACGGAACACUCCAGCAGUGUCACCAAUGUUGCCUUCACCUCCAGUGGCUUUGUGGUGGUCAGCGCCUCACUAGAUGGCACUGUUAGAGCAUUUGACCUUCACAGGUACCGGAACUUCCGUACCAUGACAUCACCACGACCGGCCCAGUUCUCCUCACUGGCAGUAGACAGUAGUGGGGAGUUGGUGUGUGCAGGUUCUCAGGACUCCUUUGAGAUCUUCCUAUGGUCCAUGCAGACUGGACGACUGCUAGAGGUGCUCAGUGGUCAUGAGGGUCCGGUCAGCAACUUGUGCUUCAGCCCAGUCCAGUCUGUGCUUGCCAGUGUGUCAUGGGACAAAACUGUCCGGCUGUGGGACAUGCUAGACAGCUGGCAGACCAAAGAGACACUACGGCUCAACUCUGAUGGACUGGCUGUAACAUAUCGUCCUGAUGGUCAAGAGUUGGCAGUGGCCUCUCUGGAUGGUGAGAUCACAUUCUGGAACCCUCAAACUGGAGGACAGACUGGCUGUGUUGUUGGCCGCCAUGACCUGCAGAUGGGACGUAAAGAGACGGACAAGAUCACUGCUAAACAGUCUGCCAAGGGAAAGUCCUUCACCUCCUUGUGCUACUCGGCGGAUGGUGAAUCGAUCCUUGCAGGUGGGCAGUCAAAGUUUGUGUGCAUUUAUAACAUCAAGGAACAAGUCCUGAUGAAGAAGUUUGAGAUCUCCUGUAAUCUCUCUCUGGAUGCUAUGGAGGAGUUCCUCGACAGGCGUAAGAUGACCGAGUUUGGUAAUCUGUCUUUAGUGGAUGAAGGCGCAGGGGAUGGAGAUGGAAUAGAGCUCAGUCUUCCUGGAGUCAAGAGAGGUGAUAUGAGCUCCAGACGCUUUAAACCAGAGAUCCGUGUUAGCUCUCUCCGCUUCUCACCUACUGGACGCAGUUGGGCAGCAGCCUCAACUGAAGGUUUGCUGAUCUAUUCUCUUGAUGCUUCACUGGUGUUUGACCCUUAUGAUCUGGACAUGGAUGUCACACCAACAAGCAUACGGCGGCAGGUGAAGAAAAAAGAGUGGGCAUCUGCAAUUUUGCUGUCUUUUCGCCUGAAUGAAAUGCCACUCAUAAGAGAGGUUCUGGAGGCAGUGCCUUAUGACCAAAUUACAGUCGUAUGUAGCUCACUUCCAGAUGUGUAUGUGGAUAAGCUUCUAAACUUUGUGGCCACAACAUUGGAGAAGUCCAACCACCUGCAGUUCUACCUCAGCUGGGCUCAGUGUCUGCUCACCUUACAUGGACAGAAGCUCAAGAAUCGAUCUGGAGCUGUACUGCCUACUGUACAGCAGCUGCUGAAGAGCAUCCAAAGACAUAGUGAUGAUCUGUCCAAACUUUGUGACUGGAACAUUUACAACAUUCGCUAUGCUACUGCUCUGUCCAAACAGAGAGGGAUGAAAAGAACAGCAGCAGAGUCCCUCAGUGAUGAAGAGGAGUCAUCAGAGGCAAUGGACUCUGCAGAGCCAGCACAUCACCCAAAUAAAUGGAAAGCAGGUCAGGGCUAGGACAAGGAACAGAGAGAUGUUUUGUUUUAUUGUUCUGGUGUGUGUAUUCUGUCGAUGUAAACAGACUGACUGUACAAAUCUGCUAGAACUGGCAUGAUGCAUUUUAGAUAUAUAUAAAAUGUGAAUAUGGGCUCAACUAUUGAAACCUGUUGAUACUUUUUUUUUAUUCUUGUAUGGCUGAGAUGUUUUGUCUUACUGUAAAAAAAUAAAUGUUGAUUUAAAUAUAGAAA